AUGUUCUUCUCGUUCAAGUCCGCCUUUCUCCUCGGUCUCGUGGCUGUCUCUGCCGCCAGCCCCAUCGCCAAUCCCGAGGCCGCUGCUGGAGACGUUUCCUUCGCCAACCACCUGCACGCUAGAGCCCAGAUUCCUGCUGGCGGCGUCACAUGCGCUGGCACACACUACACACAUGAUGAUAUCGAACACGCGCUCCAACAAGCCAGGAGGGCUCAAGACCAGGGAGGCAUCCGCAACGGACAAGGGAGCACCUAUCCCAAGACCUUCGGCAACAAAGGUCCCUCAGCCGGACCUAAUAGCCUGAAGACCAAGCAAAACCCUGACGCGCUGGUUUUCCCUGCUAUUAAGAAGCAGUUGUACGAGUACCCUAUGGGGCCUGGUGGCGUAUGGGAUGGACACCAAGCCAGGCACUCAGCCGCCGUUGUCAUGAAGGAAGACUACUCUUACGUUGGCCUUAUGGUUCACAAGGGUGGAGCCAACAACUAUGUGCCCUGCUAA